CGUCCCCCCAUGUUGUGUGAAAAAACGAAAAUAAAACUCUCAGACGCUCCGUCCAGUCCCUCCACCACCACAACCAGCUGAGAGCCAUCGCUUCCACUACCGUCCCGCAAAACCCACUGACCCAAGUAAGCUCCACACGCGCAUUAUCCACUCUUUCAUCGCCGGCACCAUCUUCCACAGCCUCCGAGCUCCGUAAGUACUUGGGCUACACCGCCCUCGUCCUGUUCAGCGCCGCCGCCACCUACUACUCCUUCCCUUUUCCGGAAAACGCCAAGCACAAAAAAGCCCAGAUUUGGUGGAUGGGAUUCAGGAACAUGGGAUUACUCUACAGAACUUUCCCUCCUAUCAUUAGGGAGCAGCAGAUUGGUGGCAUUUUGCAGAAUCUUUUUCUUUCCAUCCUCAAGAAAUUGCUAUCCGAGAAUAAACAUGUGAAGUACCUUUACAUUCCAUAUACCGACACUGUUGUGGUUGUGAAAUGUAACCCUGUAUCAAAAUGGAAAGGUCCCCCGAAGUUCACACUCAAAUAUAGCAGUGCUGAAGCCAUACAACACGUUCGAGAUCUCUACAGGGAAUGCCUCCAGAAGUACAGGGUAGUUCCAGAUAAGAGUGAAGUAGACAUGAAUGUGCUCUCAUUUACUGAGUUAAGAGAUAAACUACUCGCCCUAGAUCCUCUCGACAAAGAUCACGUUGCAAAGGUUAACCAAGCUGAGGCUGAGUUCUGGAAGAAGUUGGAGGGAUACAGAGUGGGAUAGAGUGAUGAAAUUUUGGGCUUUGAUUGUGGUGGUCAACAGUGGGUCUCAGAGACUUGUUUUCCAGCAGGAACCCUUGCCAAACCAAGCAUGAAAGACCUUGAAUACAUAGAAGGUAUAAAGCAGCUCAUCGAGAAGAAUGAGAUACCUGCACCUGCUCCAAUAGAGCAGCGCUGGACAGCCUGCACUAAGAGCCCCAUGAGUCCAGCUUCAAGCACAAGAGAGGAUGAUAUAUUUUCAUGGGUUGGUAUAAUCAUGUACCUUCCUAACGAUCCCCGCCAAAGAAAGGAAAUUACAGAAGAGUUGUUUCACUACAGGCGACUGACCCAUACACAAUUGUGGGAUAAGUAUUCCGCUUAUGAACACUGGGCUAAGAUUGAGGUUCCGAAGGACAAGGAUGAACUUGCCGCUCUCCAGGACAGACUAAGAAAGCGAUUUCCAGUUGAUGCAUACAACAAAGCUCGAAGGGAGUUGGACCCUAACAGGAUCCUUUCAAAUAACAAGCUGGAAAAGCUUUUCCCGUUAUCAGAUACCGUCUGACAGCCAUCCUUCAUUGGUUAGUUAUUCAUUAGUGCCUUCUUCUACUAAAAUUUGAAUGCAUUUUAUCUCCAAACUUUUUGCCAAACCUGCCUUGAGAUAUGGUGUGGUGUGUUAUUAAGAUUAUAGAUUACAAAGCUGAAGCCUUUUUGACACAGCCUUUGUUUUCCGGCCUAGAUGGCCAUUGGAGAGAAGUAUUGUUUCUGGAGCUUGCCUGAAAAGGUAAAAUUAGGUUUCUGCACUCUUCUAAUAAGCAGUACAGUAUGAGUUUGCUUGAUAGCAGUUGCAUGUUUGUUUGAAAUGUUGGAAACUGUCAAAUUUUUUGAAUUAGGUUUUUAUGUACAAUCUUGAAGGCUGGUUCAUCAGGAUAGUGUUUAUAAUUUGUAUGCAGCAUUUUUUUAGCCAAGUGACAGUGGACAAAUAUGGUGUGAAGAAUAAGUUUAAUCAUUCAAAAAGGGCCCAUCUCAAACAUUGUUAUUUUACAAUGUUAUAGCUUAAACAAGUUGCUUAUGUGUGGUGCAUGUUUGAGAACCUCUCCUAACUAAUAAGGAGAAUAGAUGAACGGAUAGUCCUUUUC